AUGGUCAAGGCUGUAGUAGCUGGAGCUUCCGGAGGCAUCGGACAGCCCCUCUCUCUGCUCCUCAAGAACAACCAGCACGUCACUGAGCUCGCCCUCUACGAUGUUGUAAACACUCCAGGUGUUGCUGCUGACCUGUCUCACAUCUCAACCCCCGCGAUUGUAAAAGGCUACCUGCCCAAGGACGAUGGUCUGAAGGGCGCCCUUACCGGUGCUGACAUUGUUGUCAUCCCUGCUGGUAUUCCUCGCAAGCCCGGUAUGACGCGCGAUGAUCUGUUCAAGAUCAACGCCGGCAUUGUCAAGGGUCUCAUCGAGGGCAUUGCCCAAUUCUGCCCUAAGGCUUUCGUCCUCAUCAUCUCCAACCCCGUCAACUCGACAGUCCCCAUCGCUGCCGAGGUCCUCAAGAAGGCUGGUGUCUUCGACCCCAAGAAGCUCUUCGGUGUCACCACUCUAGACGUCGUCCGUGCCGAGACAUUCGUUGCCGAGAUUAUCGGCGAGAAGAACCCCGGAAACCUCAACAUUCCCGUCAUUGGCGGCCACUCUGGCGAGACCAUUGUUCCGCUCUUUAGCCAGGCUAAGCCAAGCGUGAACAUUCCAGCAGACAAGCUUGAAGCCCUCGUCAAGCGUGUCCAAUUCGGUGGUGAUGAGGUCGUCCAGGCAAAGGAUGGUGCUGGUUCAGCCACCCUUUCCAUGGCCUACGCCGGAUACCGAUUCGCCGAAAAGGUUAUCAAGGCCGCCAACGGCGAGAAGGGCAUUGUCGAGCCCAGCUACGUCUACCUCCCUGGUGUCGAGGGUGGUGACGCAAUUGCUAAGGCUACUGGAACCGAGUUCUUCUCUGUACCAAUCGAGCUUGGUCCCAGUGGUGCCGAGAAGGCCAUCGAUGUCGUCAGCAGUGCGAACGACCACGAGAAGACUCUCCUCAAGGCCUGCUACGAGGGCCUGGGUGGCAACAUUACCAAGGGUGUUGAGUUUGUCAAGACUUCUUAG